AUGUGCCGGAGAGGUGGCAGGGAAAGACGUGAGGAGUCCGAUGGUGCUGGAGGUAGCGUCCAGGUGGACGAGGGGAGGGUACGCGCGAGUCCAGCCGGCUUCCACAUUUCCAAACAGCACCUGAUUAGCCCAGGUGACCACGGAAGUUGUGUUUCCAGCGUUGUCGCGGAUCGGGUCGCACGCAAUAAUGUGGAUGUGGCGCUGGAGGAAGGCUUUUUUGAUGCCGCGGUGGGGAAGGAAGACGCCGACGGAUCCAUCGAGUACUUGUUUGCUGGCGAGCAGUUCAGCACCGACAAUGCUAGUUCGAGCCAUGAACACCGUCACGUCGUGUGCCUGAUCUGGCACCCUGCCCACAAGCACAAUGCUGCGGAGGGAUUUGGCGAGGCCAUUAGGAAGACUCUCGUGCAGGAUGGAGCAGGCGCGGCCGUUGUAGGCCUGGAAGAUCUUCACCUGCUAAGCCAAGGGCAUAGCUUCUUUUGUGAAUUCCUUGCCGAGGAGGUGGAGGCUACGAGCCAUAUGCGUGGGAGUCUCGAUGUCGCCCGAUGUGUUGAGCUUGACAGUGAUGAGUGA